AUGUCCAGAGCAAUCAGUAGACUGGCGCCCCGGGUCGCCACCCCAAGGUUCCUGCCCAGGCUGUGCUUGGCGAGUCGAGCUGUGGUGAACAGUCCCAGCAGCUUCAUUACUGCCAAGGGAAACUCACAAAGCCCUUCCCGGCCCAGACAAUUUCACGCCACAGCAAGCCGGGGCAAUCUCACAUUUGAAAACACGGGCCGCCUCCCUGAGUUCAGUCUCAAAGACAAAGUCAUCAUCGUAACCGGGGCCGGCCGAGGGCUGGGCCUGGUACAGAGCGAGGCCCUCCUCGAGGCAGGCGCAAAGGUCUACACCCUCGACCGGCUAGAGAAGCCGGACCCGGGCUUCCAGCGGGUGCAGGAGCGCGCCAAGGAGCUCGGCACCAGCAUCUCGUAUAACCGGAUCGACGUGCGCGACAACAUCAGCUUGAACGCGACGAUCGAGAAAAUUGCCGACGAGAACGGCCGUAUCGAUGGGCUGCUCGCCUGCGCCGGCAUCCAGCAGGAGACCCCCGCGCUCGAGUAUACCAUGGAGGACGCCGACAAGAUGUUUGGCGUCAACGUCACUGGUGUCUUCAUGACGGCGCAGGCCGUGGCCAGGCAGAUGCGGAGGCUGGAUCGGCCGGGUUCGAUGGUGUUCAUUGCCAGCAUGAGCGGCACGGUAGCGAACAAGGGGCUGAUCUGUCCAGCAUACAACGCCUCCAAAGCCGGCGUGAUCCAGCUUGCCCGGAAUCUGGCCAUGGAGUGGGGCCCUCACGGCAUCCGGGUGAACACCAUCUCACCGGGCUACAUCGUGACAGCAAUGACAGCGCCACUUUUCGAGCAGUUCCCCGACAGGAAGGAGAAUUGGCCGAAGCAGAACAUGCUGGGAAGGCUGAGCUACCCAGAGGAGUACCGCGGUGCGGCCGUCUUCCUCCUCAGCGACGCCUCUAGCUUCAUGACUGGUUCCGACCUUCGAAUGGACGGAGGUCAUUCUGCCUGGUAA